AUGAAUCAGUUUCAAUUGUUCCCGCCUCCUUCACCCGAGGUGAAGAGGAACAAUAAUCCAUUUCGAAAGGCUGCAAAGAAGCCAGUGGCUACAGCUGAGCCGCCAUCACCGAUUCCCCUAGUGGAGAUCAAUGACCCUGGCAAGACUGAAUCUGUGCUGCUGCAGAUCAUCGAAGAUACCAAGCCCGUUCCACCUCCUCCACCAUCAACGAAAGAUAUCUCGAGGUCAAAGUCACCGCCAAUGGUGGUAGGAACAUCUCAUGAUGCGAGACCCCCUCGGUCUAUGCACAGUCAGAAUCGUCAGGCUAAGAGAGCGGAGCAGCAAGCCUUGCCUUCACACGGUAGCCAAAGCAGCAGCAGCAGCUCUAGCAAUCAUACGACAUCUGCAACAGUCUCCCCGCAGUCAUCGCAGUCAUCUACCGCUUCGGUCCCGAUAAGAUCGAUGUUUCCUCAGUUCGAUCCAAAUCUGCCAUUCAAUCAGCAGGUGUUCCAACCACAAGUUCCAGCUGUCCCACGGUCUACGAAGUCUACGCGGAAGCCGCCGCCUAAGCUGACGUUGUCAACGAAUACGGAUAUUGACCACGUUCUUGGGCCUAAGACUGUGCCUGCGAGUGUGCUCAAUUUUCCCACUGGGGAUUCAGAAUAUGAAGAGGUCAGAUAUUCAUCGGCUGAGGAACUGAAGAUGCUAUGGGAAACAGCCAAUGGCCAAAGGCCAGAGGAUGUUGCUGGAACAUUGAAUCUACGCAUGUCAAAGACCGGUCCAGCAACAUUCACCCUCGGCAACCCCCAGAACCCAUUCUACACACUCCAAACAUAUUCGACCAACGAACUCGCCCUAAGCAGACGUGACCCAUCAAACGCAAACUACGACGUCCCAAUCAUGAUGAUGAGCCUAGAAGACCGCAUCCGCCGCGAACAUCCCAACGACGGCCUCGUAACCCUCAUCUUCUCCAGACUAGCAGCCAUGCUAGCGAUAGACCAAGCCUCAGAAAUCAGUCGCCAACACCACCUCUCCCCCGCCGAAAGCGCCGAGAUAGAAACCGACGCUCUCAAGCGCGCCGCAGCCCAAGAAUCCUGCCGUCUCUCCUGGAACCGCCAUCAACGCCUCUACGAGCUCCGCCACCCCUACUUCUCAAAACACCAUCCGCCCGCCCUCAUCGGCGCCGCCGGAAUCCCCCUUUCACCAACCCGCCCCCAGUCCUCAGGCGUCGUCCACAUUACCGUAUCCGCACCAUCAAGCGACGCUUCUCCCCGCCAACCACCGACAAUCAUCGUCACCGGCCCGCUCUCCUCAACGGCACUGGAAGCCGCGCAACAAGCGGCUGAUCCCCGCACUUCCGUACUCCCAGUGACAGAUCUCGACGAGCCGCUUGCAUCCCUGGACUUCGGCACAAGAACUCUGUCCAUAUCCCCCGCAGCUGUGGUCGCUACCAUUCCCUCUUUGUAUGCGAUUGACUCGCUCGUCGCGGCUAUGUUGGCCGUCGCCGUCUCUGACGAAGCGACUAAUCCCAUUCUUGCCGAUAUGGUUAUCGGAUCGCCUAAAUCGUCGAGACCAACGACGUCUCAGAAUUCGGGUCAGUAUUCAAUGCCAGUGUUCCAGGGGAAACUGGUCACGACGGUUGCCGAACGCGAAGACACUGAAGCGAGUAUGCGCCUAGCGUCGCAGAUUAAGUCUGCGCAGAAAAAAUCGAAAGACGCUUCGCAGAAGAAGAGUGCGUUCAAAUUUUGGGGUAGAAAUGUCUCUGCCCCGCGGGAGGGUAGUCGGAGCUCGAAAAAGAAUAAAGGUCAAAAUGGGAUUGAGGAAUUUGAUUUGGAGAAAUAUGGUCGGUAUGGGAAUGGGUCGUCGCGAGAAGGGGAGAAAUUACCUGGUAUCACGCGCAGUAUACUGCGAAUACUCUUCUUUGGCUUGGAUUUGGUUGUGAAGGGGUUGACGCUCCUUGUCAGGAUUCUGGCUUGGGUGUUGGUCAACUCCACGCGGUGUGUGACGAGUGAGAAGUUCUGA